CACUUGCUAUAGAUUCCAUGUCCACCGUCCAUGUGGGUGUUCCCCUGGUGCAUCAUAUGUCAAGAGUUUGCUUACGUGUAUUGUAAGUGAUAGGAGGAAGAUAAACUAUAUUUUGGAGGGGUUACUGCGCAUUUCUCGCAGAUGAGAUAAUUUUCCCUGCAUUUCGAUAAACAUGACUGUCCAACUGAAACUGAAGGAUAUAAAGGAUAAAUUGAAGGACGACACUCUAGAUCUCAGCUUGUACGAGCUGGAGGAGGUGCCCGUGCGAGAAAUUGGGUCUCUUACAAAAGCUACAAACGUAAAUCUAUCGCUCAAUCUCCUGGUUUCGUUACCGACCACUUUUGUUACUUUAAGACAAAUUGUAAAAUUGGAUCUUAGCAGAAACAUGUUGAUUGAAUUGCCAGAGAAUUUUGGCAAAAUGACACAAUUAAAAUAUUUGGAUUUAUAUGCUAAUAAGAUUAGUAGGCUGCCUCUGAGUUUAAGCGAACUAAAGAAUUUAAGAUGGUUGGAUUUGAAAGAGAACCCUUUGACUGAAACUGUAGCCAGUGUUGCCGGACCCUGUAGUAAUAUGAGUGAAUGUCAAGCAUGCGCUCGUAGUAUUGUUACUUAUCUAUCUACUAUUAAACUGUAUGUAGAAGAAGAAAGAUUACGUAGAUUAAAGGACUUGAACAAGAGAGUAAAAAAAAAAUUACAGGAUAAUAAGAAAAAAAAGAAAAAGAAUGUGGAAAAAGAGUACAAGUCGGACGAAGAUAAAAUUAAUUCUCAAAUAGAAGAUAAUAGCUUUCAAGACAAUAAUGAUGAUGUAAAAUUAACAGAAUUACUCUCUGAUAAUAUGUCUACACAUGAAUCACACAAAUCUUGGACAGGCACUGGGUUACGUCGGUUUCUUGUUCGUGCGAUUUUAUGGUUUUUUAUUAUUAGUUUAAUAGUAGUAUUACUUUUUGUAUGUUUAAUGGUAUUACUAUAUGUACAUUUAUUCUAUCUUGCACAUUCAAUGCACUAUGUUGAAACAAUAGAAACAUUUGUACAGAACGCACAAACACUGUCGAGUCUGCCAUUUACGGAAUAUUAUCGGUUUAUGAUGGAAUAUAUAGUUGUAUUAUUACAAAGAUAUGAACAAUUGAAACCAAUUACUGAAGUUGUAGAUCCAUUUUUGUUGAAAAUAAUUCAAAAUAAUACAAAUAAUGCAGGAAAGGAAUUGUAGAAUGGAGAGGUGCUUAUUUUUUUUUAAUCAUGGAAAUUAAUGAAAUUACAAGAUAUUUAUAUAAUGUAUUGAAACAAAACUUGUGCAUUACAAUAAGCAUUUAAUAUUUUAUAUUAU